AUGAUUGAAAAUGAAAGGAAUCAGAAAUUAAGUUUAUAUGAUAAACUUGAAGAGGAACUUUUCCACCAUCAAAUCCCUCCAACUAGGCAAGAAGGUAUUUGGCCUACCAAAUAUUUGCCGAAUAUUCGGUACGUUAUUUGCCGUCGGAGUUGGGCGAUCCAAGAAUUUUUUGGACCGCCGAUCCAGUUAAGCGAUCCAAAAUUUCAAAACAAUUUACAAGUGACUUUAAAAAAAAGAAGUCGCGGGUUUGAGAAUAUUUUCUUGACAAAAAUGACAAAAUCGGAAAAUGACCUACAAAAUUUGUAA